CCUGGCUCGGCGGCGCUCGGGGCCUGCGGGGAGAGGACCGCCGCUGAGGGCGCUGGGGGCCGGCGGCCGCGGUGCGGGAGGCUGCCAGGGCACGGCGACGCGCGGCGGGCGCGCCCGGGGUGCGGCCUCUGCACCCGAGGGGAGAUGAGUACGGCCAAGGCGCGGCUGGGCCCCGCGGCCGACCGGCCUGCGCCGCCCGAGGAGGAGGAGGGCGAGGCGGGCGGGAAGGAGCCGGGGGCGGACGCGGCCCCCGGGCCCAGCGCCGCGUUCCGCCUCCUGGUGACUCGGCGGGAGCCGGCGGUGAAGCUGCAGUACGCGGUCAGCGGCCUGGAGCCGCUGGCGUGGUCCGAGGACCACCGCGUGUCGGUGUCCACGGCGCGCAGCAUCGCCGUGCUGGAGCUCAUCUGCGACGUGCACAACCCGGGCCAGGACCUGGUUAUCCACCGCACCUCGGUGCCCGCGCCUCUCCACAGCUGCUUCCUCAAAGUUGGCUCAAAAACGGAAGUUGCUGAGUGUAAGGAGAAGUUUGCCACCUCCGAAGACCCCACAGUCAGUCAGACGUUCAUGCUGGACAGGGUGUUCAACCCGGAGGGCAAGGCUUUGCCACCACUGAGAGGCUUCAAGUACACUAGCUGGUCCCCUGUGGGCUGUGAUGCUAAUGGCAGGUGCCUCCUGGCAGCACUGACCAUGGACAAUCGCCUGACCAUCCAGGCUAACCUCAACAGACUGCAGUGGGUCCAGCUGGUCGAUCUGACAGAGAUUUACGGAGAACGUCUCUAUGAGACCAGUUACAGGUUCUCUAAAAGUGAGGCCCCGGAAGGGACUCUCAGGGAUUUUGCCGAGUUUCAGAGGAGACACAGCAUGCAGACCCCCGUCAGGAUGGAGUGGUCUGGCAUCUGCACUACUCAGCAGGUCAAGCAUAACAAUGAGUGCCGCGACGUGGGCAGCGUGCUGCUGGCCGUCCUCUUUGAAAACGGCAACAUUGCUGUGUGGCAGUUUCAGCUGCCGUUUGUAGGGAAGGAAUCCAUCUCUUCAUGCAACACGAUUGAGUCAGGAAUCACCUCGCCCAGUGUUUUGUUCUGGUGGGAAUACGAGCACAGUCAUCGGAAAAUGAGCGGCCUUAUUGUGGGGAGCGCGUUUGGACCUGUAAAAAUUCUUCCAGUCAACCUCAAAGCAGUUAAAGGCUAUUUCACGUUAAGGCAGCCCGUCGUCUUGUGGAAAGAAAUGGACCAGUUGCCAGUACACAGCAUCAAGUGUGUACCCCUGUAUCACCCUUACCAGAAGUGUAGUUGUAGCUUGGUGGUGGCCGCAAGAGGAUCCUAUGUGUUUUGGUGUCUUCUUCUGAUCUCCAAAGCAGGUCUGAACGUGCACAAUUCUCAUGUCACAGGCCUGCACUCACUGCCGAUUGUCUCCAUGACUGCAGACAAGCAGAACGGGACAGUGUACACUUGCUCCAGCGACGGCAAGGUGAGGCAGCUGAUUCCCAUCUUCACGGAUGUUGCGCUGAAGUUCGAACACCAGUUGAUUAAGCUGUCAAAUGUGUUCGGCUCCGUGAGGACACACGGGAUAGCCGUGAGCCCCUGCGGUGCGUACCUGGCCGUCAUCACCACAGAGGGCAUGGUCAACGGCCUCCACCCCGUUAACAAGAACUACCAGGUUCAGUUCGUUACUCUCAAAACCUUUGAAGAGGCAGCUGCUCAGCUUCUGGAAUCUUCAGUUCAAAAUCUGUUUAAGCAGGUAGAUUUAAUAGACCUAGUACGCUGGAAGAUUUUGAAAGAUAAACACAUCCCUCAGUUUUUACAAGAAGCUUUGGAGCAAAAGAUUGAAAGCAGUGGGGCCACCUAUUACUGGCGCUUCAAACUCUUCCUCCUGAGGAUUUUAUACCAGUCGAUGCAGAAAACCCCUUCAGAAGCCUUAUGCAGACCCGCCCAUGAGGACUCGAAAAUCUUACUUGUCGACUCACCUGGGACAGGCAACGCCGAGGAUGAACAGCAAGAAGAAGGCACCUCCUCCAGACAGAUGAACAAGCAGGGCCUGCAGGAGAAGAGCAAAGAAGGGGAUCCAGAGGACCCCACAGAUGACCCACUCACUCAGUCUGGAGACAGCGGAGGCCGAGAGCCAAUGGAGGAGAAGCUCCUUGAAAUCCAGGGGAAGAUUGAAGCCGUGGAAAUGCACUUGACCCGCGAGCACAUGAAGCGAGUCCUAGGCGAGGUAUACCUGCACACCUGGAUCACAGAAAACACUAGCGUCCCCACCAGGGGCCUCUGUAACUUUUUAAUGUCUGACGCAGAGUAUGAUGACAGAACCGCACGGGUGCUGAUCGGACACAUCUCGAAGAAGAUGAACAAGCAGACUUUCCCUGAGCACUGUAGUUUGUGUAAAGAGAUUUUGCCGUUCACAGAUCGCAAACAGGCAGUCUGUUCCAAUGGCCACAUUUGGCUCCGAAAGCUUCGUGAAGACGGGGGAUUUUGUUGUUCACAGCUGUUGAUAGAGCAAUGCCUGGUGCUUUUUAACCUACCAGUCCUGCCAAAGUUUGAUAUACAGAAGGUGUUUGCUCCAUGACAGCAUCGCCCGCCAUCCAGCCCCAGAAGAUCCUGAGUGGAUUAAGAGGUUGCUGCAAAGCCCCUGCCCUUUCUGUGACUCUCCUGUCUUCUGAAUGUCCGCGAUGGGAAGAUGGAAAGAGCGUGUACUCUGCUGUGAAAGGUGCUGUCCAGCCCCAAGAGCUAGGACACGCUGGCGUAAGCUUGGCCUUCGCACGUGGAGAGCACUUCUCAUGACUGUAAAUAGGGCCUGGGAACUCACUGCCCAAGUGCGUCCUCUAUCUCCAGGGACUAGAGGAUAUCCUUGAAGUGACUGAGUGCAGAGGUUUUAAGUCAUUUUGAGAUGAACGUUAGCCCCCAACUCCUUACCCAAAAGGAACACUUACUUUUCAAGCAUCUUGACUGAAGCAGUGCGAACAAAACACAUGCUGUGUCAUUUCUCUGAACAGAACCGUCUCUUCUAGGGGGUAUGGAUAAGGGCCUUGCUGGGCCAAGUUAGGCUUUAAUCCCGGCCUUGGUCUGCAACUGCCUGGGGCUCCAGGGAGCUUCAGUUACCUGGUGCGGGGUGUGCCGUGUCCCAGCAGAUAGUAACCUGUGGGCCUGAUGUUUUGUUCUCAACAAAUAGUUGCAGAUCUGCAUCUCGCCAGUUGUUUUUCAUGCAUAUUGAAAACAUCUUCUUAAAACUGUAUAUUUUAAGAGGUUGAAGCCAAGACUAAAGUUGGUUUUAAUGUGUCAAAAGAUCAGGUGACUUGUAAAUUAACAAUUGUGACUUAUUUUUAAUGAUCUCACCUAUGUCGUCAGUUUCCUGCCCCAACUCCUUCAUAUAUAUAAGGAUGUCCAGUACUUCUGUCCACCUGUGUUACACGCCUCUUCAGACUUAACUGUGACGACUAGGUGAGAUGUUUGUACAUAGAGGAAAAACAAUAUUUUCUCCUUUUAGUAUUAAAUUAAAACAUUUACUAUUUUUAAUGUUGACAUUUCUAGACGUCUCAUUUAUAUCCUGAGUCUAGAGACUUCCAGAAAGACGGGCAGCUCAGAAGUGUGGACCCUUGAGCUCUGGUGCUAUGGUGUGUGUCGCUAUGUCCUUCUCUCUGCAAAGGUCCUUGCUAUUUAUAACACAGGUAUUUUCCUGUGGGCUGUUAAGAGGAGAUGUUAGACAUUAAUUGGUCUUAACACCCAACAUUAGACCCUCUAGAACUACAGUGUUCUUGGAUUUUGAAAAUAAGCAUCCUCGGGAGUGGUGCUAAUGAACAGGACUAACGCACGCGCCUUGCAGUGGUGCAUGUUUCUGGAAAGUUGGAUGGUAAAUGCAAAAUGUGAAAUGUAACUCAUGUUACAUGCUCUCUAUUUUGCCUUUAUUCUAACACUUAUUCCUGCUUUAUUUUUGUAUCCUUAGUGAAAGAUGUUUUGUUCUCACUGAAAAACACUUGCUAUUUGGAGAACACGUAACAGAGACACCACACCCGCCUGCAGUGUCUCCCCCAGUGUCCUCCCCGCUCUGGCCGUGGGUAUUGGAGACCACAGCCCUUAAGGGGCACUUCCAGACAGUCUGCUUUGAAAUGUCUUUUGUUUCGCGUUCAGAUGUUUGGUUUUGUCUCCUGUGUUUAAUGCUGUAUCUCUGCUGCUGUUUAAUUCUGCUGGCGUCUUCUGUGUCUCGCAUUGUGGUGGUAACUUCAAGAGGAGCGUUCAUCCAGACUUCAGGGUCCAGCAUGUUCAGCUGAUUGUCAAGGAGGAGAGCCAGGUGGCCUUAAGAUCUGAAGAACACAACACAGAGGGUCGUGCACGUGUGGUCGUUUGUGCCGUGAGCGCCCUCACUUGACGGUAGAUAGGACAGUAAAAGCUGCGAUCCCGUCGCAGAGUGACUGCAGUGUGUGUCCUCAUAGCAUAUGCUUGGUCUCCCUCAGGCGUUUGUUCCCAGAGUCCGUAGUGGAUUAGCUCUUAACUGGGGAAUUUUGUGCUGCGGCCACUUAAACCUCGCCGUGAGCGCCUGUUUACAGCGCUGAUGCGUUUGGGGGAAAUCUGAACUGGAAAAGGCCGCCCGAGUUAUUCAGUGUGUCUGUGUAGGAGUAAACACGGCAGCUGUUUUACUGGAAUCUGGCUUCUCUCUGUGGGGGGCUCUGCCCAGGGGCUUUCUUCAGACUCUGAGGUCCAGUCAGCACCGGCCUCAGCCCGAGUUUCUGCACACCGAUGGGGAGCCCCCCUCCCCGCCCCAGCCUCUGCCGUGGAGGGUAACCCUUCACCUGUGGGAGCCAGACGAGAUCCUGAGGUAGCGGCAGCGUCACAGACACAGCGCGCUCCCGCGUGGCCUCAGGGGCAGCACACCUGGUAGCAGUGCUGAGCGCGGGAGCCCCGGGAGGUGGGCGGGGCACCGGGCUUCUUCACUAACUGCCUCCCGGUUUACACCUGCGGUGCCCUCUGUACCUUCCUAACUUACCUGAUCUGAGCAGUGGAUUUCAAGUUCAUUUCAGCCAUCGCUGCUCCAGGCCGUGGGCGAGGCGGCGGUGCAGCCGCUGCUCUGCGUGAAGGUGCAGGAGCAAAGGUCCUUCACGGUUCCACCUUUUAAGCCACAAGAACAUUGCAUUUGGGGAGCCUGAUAUCCACACCAGUAUCACAUUUUUUCUGUCUAGAGUUAAUUUGUUCCUAUUCUAGAUAAGAAAUUGAUAACUUGUUAGGAUUGAUAUUCACUCUGACAUCCUCAUAUGUCCACCACCCAGACUUCAAGCCAUCUCUGCCUACUGUUGUAUCUUCCAAAACUGCCAAUUAUCUUCCAGUGUCAGAAGUUAUUAGAACCACUGGCGAAGCUCAUGGCUGAGUGUGACAUUUUUCUGCUGCUCCCUCUGGGAAGUUUUUGAGAAUGUGACUGUGGGAGCAUGUGGGUUAGAGCUGUUAGCAAGCUUCACCGGUUAAUUAGGUUAAAAGAACGUCAGAGGGUAAUAAUUCAAUAUUAAAAUACGUUCUGUUGUAAUGGUAAUGGGGUCAGAUAAGAGGCAGAAGUCGCGGAGGCUCACUGGUCUCGUCAGGAGGAGCACAGAGCUGCUUUUGCGGAGCGCCCGCUCGCCUGCAGCACUGAACUGGGGCAGCUGGUGAAUUGCUGCAGCUCCUGGAGCGAAAGCAAGAAGUACUGUCACUGUCCGAUUUCCACAGGUCCAUCCAUCUUCUCUGCUCCUGACCUCCCUCUCCCUCGCUCUUCCCUUCCAGGAGAGGUCCUCUCCAUUUCCAUCCCCUCACUUCUCUCAGCUUUAGGACACCUUCUGAGCUAGCAGGUAAUAGGUUUGCAGUAAAAUUUCUAAAACCUGAAUCACAUAGCAGGCGUCCGUUCCUAGAAGAAACUGUUAAACAGUUUUUCUUUCUAAAGGUAAUAAUGAUAGUUGUUAACAACUUGAUAAACUGUACCUGGUUUUCUCCAGAACCCUGAAUUAUCAUUUCUCUGUAAGAGUGCCCAGCACCUGCAGGCUGGGCUUUGGGCAGAGUGGGCUGGAUUUCAGCUCCCUGCCACCACCUGCUCUGUUCCCCAAGCCACUUGUUCCUGACAAGCAAUAAUUCUGGUUAUGUUCAAAGUCAGCAGGCCUCAGUGUUUUUAAGGGAAAGACAGAUUCUGCCCUUUUUUCUUUUUAGAGAUGGGACAGCACAAACAGCACACAGUCAGACAAGUAAACGCAUGUCUUUACGGCCAGCCCGCCAUGGCCUGUCGGAAUCUGUGGGCUGCCCUGACCGAGCAGAAGCACAUCCCUGUGCUCUCACACCGCUCCCCGCGUCGGUCACGUUCAGCAGUUCUGUUGACCGCAGAGCGGCUCGAGCUCUAGCCUCUCCCCUCGACAUUGUCGGAUUGUAAAAUGCCUCUUUCGGGUCUAACUGAAGUGAAGUGGUUGCACUUUAGCUAUUGGCAGCUUCAGGCAGAGUUUUAGACCAUGUCUCAAUUCCCACAGGUAUUAAGCUUUGAACUGUUCUUUCGUGAUGCUGAAAGAAGUUUUUGAAGCUGAGAGCUUCAUGUCUGCUAACCUGGUAUCUGCCGUGCAAACCAACGCUAGCGCGCUUGAGAUUUGACUAUGCUUGUACUAAAUUCAGUCAGGUUUGCGGAGUCGCUUCCCGCGACCACUCUCACCACAGCAUCACUCCUGAUGUACAGCAGGGUUUUUCCGGAGAUGCAGACUUGUUUCCGUGGCACAGAUACACAUCAGUGUCAGGACGGGCUGGCCAGCCUGAGGUUGGUAGAGAGGGUGCAGCCUCCCAUCCACGUGUAUGGUUUGUUUUAUGAUGGCCUUUUCUGAAAACUCGCUGUGGGAAUCAACACAUUUAACAGAGGAGUGUCUGUGUACAUAAAGAUGUCCUGUAAAGAAGUUAAGCCUUUUGGUAUAUACAUAUUUACCCCCCAGCCUCUUAAUCUGAUUAGGUGAUUCAGCCUUUCUUGCAUUUUCUUUAAGUUAUAACGGUACUCCACGGGGGAGACUUAAUAUACGACCUGAGGUCCUAGACAGCGAGUAUUACAUGGUUUAGUGACGCGGUGUUCAUUCACUCAUUCCAGGCUUGGGAGGAGCUGCGAAGAGGGGAUGGCGAUGCUCUCAUACUGAUGUGAGAAACUCAAAGUGCAGGUGUCUAGCUGAAAUACUGGAAACGGGUUGGCUGGAAUUGAAUUUCAGAACUCUAAAUCUUAUACUUCUAAGGUUAAAAACUUCCUUACCUCACUAUCAUGAAGUCCUACGAGGUUUCAUAAAAAGAUCCUGUGAAAUGGUUGCAUUGGAUGGUGUAAGACGUGGCUUUGAAGCAUUUCAUAUUUUAUCAGUUUGACAUUUGGCUAACAGACUGGUGAGGUCUAGGGUGUUUUGUUUUGUUUUUGGUACUAGUGCAAAAUUAAAUGCAAAAAUGAAUUAUGUCUUUUUCAAGACUUUGACUCAGAUUUGUACUUCAGUGUAAGAAAAGAAAGUGAAUAUCAAACUUGUGUAUACAGAAAUAAGACUAUAGAAAAGUAGUCUGUGUUGUGUAUAGUGGUAUAUAUUUUAUGUUUAUCCAAUGCCUGUGCUAUCUUUGUGCUUGGCUUCAAAUUAUGUGUUUGUUUAUAUAUGACAUGUUUUGAAAUGAAAAGAACAGGCAUCUAAAAACUUAAGGUUACAGAAAGGAGAUGGUUUUUUAUUUCUUACCAUCUGGUUAGGUGGUGUGUUUCACACUUUUAGCAUGUAAAUAAAAAAAAAACUUUAAGAACAAUAGCACAUUUUGCUUGGAAUGUCCCCAUCCAGAAGAAUUGGCUGCUUCUCUGCAUUGUACAUAUGUACAUAAUGUUCAUUAUUAGAUUGUAAGCUCCUCAAGGGCAGGAACUGUCUGUCUCACCUUGGUAGUUCCUGCAGCACCGAGUGUUAAGUGCCUUGCACAGAGUAGGUGCUGGUGAUAGAGUGAGUGAGUAACUUCCUGCCACCUUUAAGGCAAAGCAUGGUUCACAUUUUCCAGUGUGUUCAAAACUGCGGAGAACUGAUGACCGGAAGAGGGUGGAAUUCUUUCUUGGGUUUGAACUGGGUCUUCUGGGCUGAAGCAGACCAUGCUGUGUCCUUAGCACUAGUUAUCUUCUUUCCCUGAAGAUACACAGUGUCUUGAGCUUUUACCUGAUAGUAGGGCAGAGGUUUCUGGGAAAAGUGUGAAGUGGGAAAGAUUAUAGAGAAAAUGAAGUGGAAAUUUUGGAGGGUGUUUGUCAGAUGCAGUCCUGUGGGGCAAUCUUACUUUAGUUGUUGCUGAAGAGAAGGGUAGCAGAUGCUCUUUCUUUACCAGUUAGCUGGUUAGCCAAUUUUCCAGUUAAUGAAAGGUCAUUGGUUUUUAGCUUUUUCCCAUUUUGGAUCCCCUUCAAUCACUCUUAUGAUUCUAGUACUUAGAGUCUAUUACAGUUGCUGUGAAUAUCCAGUGCUGUACAUAAUGGCAGUUUUGUAAAUGUGAAAUAACCUCAAUUAUGUUGUGUUUUGUAUGCAGAGCCACUAGUAUUGUUAUCUUGGCCACUUUUUUAUUCAAAAUAAAUAAAUAAUCGA